GUAUUCAAACUGAAGAAAUGAAAAGAUAUAAAUAAAGAAGGAUGUGCAGAAGAAGAAAAAGGGAAUGAGGAAAUCACUUUUCUGAAUAUGAUAUAACAUUAUGAAGGAAAAAGAAGACCAUAUAUUUGAAAAUGGAAGAAACUUGCUAGUUUAGGUUUUUGUGCAUGUGCUUUUGUGUUGUAUUCGGGUAAUAUCCUUUGCUUCCUUGUCCAUGGAUUCAUGCAAACUGCAAAGCAUAACUUUUUCUUUGCUUUGCUUCCUUGUCUCUCCCUGUUGGUGACCAAAAUUCUGAUAUAAGUAAUAGUAUCACAGCCUUUGCUUCUAGUUUUCUCGGCAACCAAACAGUAAUCUACUUGUAAACCAGGAAGUUCGAGAGCUAGGAAUCAACGACAUAGGUUUCUACAGAAAGAAAGCGGCCGCCAACAAACAGAAUCUGUAUAACUAGGGGCAAAACUGGUUCCCGGGCCUGUUUCUCAGAGAAAAUGAGUCAUUAUACUGAUGCACAAGAUAUCGAGCUUGCAACAGCCGUUGCAUCAGCUGCGUUCGCCAUUCACUCCAAUGAAGAACCUAAAUUACAGUAUCGAAAAGGGACGAGGGAAAGCAUUCCGAUCCCAAGGACCAAGAGUUUGCAGGACAUGACGACUGGGCGACCAAACAAGGAAACAAGGAAUAAUGUAGAUGAAGUUUCAAGGAAAAAGUCAAUGGAUCAAAGAGAACUUCCAUCUAGGUACCCUAAUCGGGCAUCCUCUUCAAGACCUUCGACUCCUGGAAAUGGAUACCAGAACCAAAGGGGAAGUUCAGUCGGACGUAAUGAUGUGGAAACAAAACCAGAUGCUUGGGAGAGAGCUCAGAUGAAGAAGAUUCAGAGGCGGUAUGAGAAAGUGAAGGCUACAAUUGUUGCUUGGGAAAAUGAGAAGAAAAUGCAAGCAAAAGCUAAGAUGGAGAGGAGAAAGAAUGAAAUUGAGCAGAGAAGAGCAAGAAACAUGCAGCAUUACCAAAUUAAGCAAGCAAGAAUUGACCAGAUAGCAGGAGGAGCAAGGGCACAAGCGGAAGAGAAACGAAGAAAUGAAGAGUCGAAAGUGAAAGAAAAGGCGAAAAGGAUUAGGUCAACAGGCAAGGCUCCUGCUACAUGCUUCUGCUUCACUUGUAACUAGAAAGUUAAUCAGCCACUUGAUUUUCUGUUCUGCUGAUAAUUUGUGUAUAUUAACUACAAUACGGGCAUCGAUCCUACCUUAUUUUAAUUUGUACAUGAUGUAUAACAUUAGUUGUUUGUUGAAUCUGUUCAUCCAAUAAAACUAUAUAUGGCUCUUUCGAUUCAAA